GGACCUAGAGACUUCCCUCCCUCACUCCUUAGACUCGAAAACUAUAAAAUCAUCAGAUACCACAUCAUACUGGUCACUGCUUUCUCCACUCCACCCUCUCUCCUUAUCGGUCGAAAUCUGCAAGAUGAAUCCACCAUCAGAGUCUCGCUCAAGUCCUCAGGUUCUUCUCAUCCCUUCUUCUUCUUGUUGUUGUUGUUCUUCUUCUUCUGCAACCAAACCGGAGAAGUUCUCUCUCUCUGAAUCCACCAUCAGAGUCUCGCUCAAGUCCUCAGCAACACCAAACCACUGUUCCUUCCACGACCGAGAUCCAGUUGCGGUCAACGGUCGAUGGCAUAUUUCAGAACUCAUGGGAAUCUGCAGAAAGAGGUGAAGUUGCAAGAGGUCACGGAACAUGUAGCUAUGAAUCCAAGUUGAAGCAAAUCCUACAGUUCGCCUUCAUUGAUAUAAUCAUCAGCUUAAUGGCAGUGUUUGCAGUUUUCAUAGCACAGCGAGAUCUGAAAGGCCAUGCAAACGAAUUGCACCUUCUCAUCUGCGGCUUCCUCACCACCUGCAGUCUUCUCUGUGGGGUAACCCUAAUGUUCUUCACCAUCAAUUUGCUAAGUCGCAAGAAUCACAGUGUCCAAAGAGGCCAGCAUAUGACCACCGUUUUCCUCCUCGUCAUUUCAUGCGCUCUCCUCAUCCUUACAGCAGCUGGUUUCUCAACUCUCCUCCAUAAACGCUCCAUGUUUCUGGCAGCCCUGCUUCCGGGAUGUUUGCUUCUCGGCACCCUCUUCUACUUCAUAGUCCACGCAGGGGAUGACCAUGAUCAGAAUUCCACAGGAUAUGGGAGCUAUAAAUCAGAGCUGAAACAUUCGUUGGGUCUCUCAUCCACUGUUGUCUCCCUUGCAUUCAGUGGGCUGAUAACUACUCUUAUUGGGACCGCUAAAAGUCAUUCGGAUCAAGCCCUUACCAUAAACACGAAGAUCUGCAUCUUUCAGAUGUUCUUCGCCGCCAUGUUCGGCCUUCUGUUGAUGCUGCUCAGCUCAGUCCCACCAAGCUUCAAGCAGCAAAGCACCAGGGAGUUCCUUACCAAGGUCCUGAAAGCACUCAGCUACUCUCUGCUGGGCUCAUUGGCACUCAUAGCCGCUACGGCGGCUUCUGCUUUCCUUGACGUCUUCCUUGUACUGGUUCUCCUGCCGACGCCAUUUCUUGGAGUCACUCUUUGGUUCUGCAUAGAGUGGCACAGCACCCAGAAACAGCCGCACGGACCGCGCACUACUACCAACGUUGGUCAUGAUCUCAAGCUCAAACUCAUUUCCAAGGUCGCUACUACCACGACAUCGAUCAGCUUCGGAGGUCUUAUGGGCGCCUUCUCAGGAUUUAUCGGCAGAAAAGGCAGUGAAUUGCAGCUCAAGCUCUGCGUGCUGGUGAUGUUCUUCGCAUUUCUAUCCAGUUUCAGCGUGAAGCUGCUCACUUUCAGGACUCCAAAGCCAGGAACUCUGAUGACAGUAAUCAAAAUCUUAAGCACUUGCUCCGUCUUGUUACUCCUAUUCUUCGCCAUUGUCGUCUUCUUCCUCGAGUUCUUGGGUGGCUAAACACCACGAAGAAGACUACUUACUAGCUGUCGGGGAAAUAAUGCAUACGGCAGUGGGAUUCCGUCAUAUCCUGAGAGAUCAGAUGGAAUGUGACCUUUGCAUUUGAUUGCAGAGUAAGUUUUUUUUACUUUUAGAACAAAGAUAGAGAAUUUGAUUACAGCAUCAGUUGUUGUCUUAAUUGUCUUAAUUGCUCUCUGUGUGCCCACAUGACUUCCUGAGACUUGUCGGGUUCAUAGAGAUGUGGUCCAUAUGUAUGAACUUUGGUUUGGCCGGCUCUGUAAAAAUUCGAUUUUAAUUAAA